AUGGCUCAGCAAAUCAGCGUCACCGACCUCGACCUUCCGCAGCUGGCAGAUGUCCGCAGGCAGCUGGAGGAGGAACUCAAUCACCUCACGAAUUCGUUCGCCCAACUCAAACAAGCCCAAACAAAGUUCAAGAAUUGCGUCGAAAAUGUGAAGGAGAUUAAGCCGGCAAACAAGGACAAACCGAUCCUCGUCCCACUCACAAAUUCUCUCUAUCUACCUGGCAAGCUUGCAGAUGCCCAACAUGUUAUCGUAGACGUCGGCACGGGUUACUUCGUAAAGAAGACAAUUCCGCAAGCGACACAACAUUAUACCGCCAAAAUCAACUACAUCCAAUCCAAUUUAGACACGCUGGAGGAGACAAUCAACAAGAAACGGGAAAAUAUGUCGUAUCUCGUGAAUGUAAUGCAGUCAAAGCUGUCCCAACAGAUGGAGGGGAAGCCAAUACAAGCAUCUACUUGA